CUGCUCCUUGUUCUAUAAUGAGCCCCUGAAACUGACCGUCAAAAGAGGUUACGGAACCAACGCCACCGUAGCCUUGUAGAAGAAGUGGACCGAACGAUAAUUUUCUCAAAGGUUUUAGGGUUUGCAACAUAACCAAACCCCAGUGACGAAGCCAAGGCCGAAGAACCAUGGAGAGUGCCUUCGCGAGCGCCUCUGCGAUCUCUGACCAGAGGCAAAAGAUCGAGCAGUACAAGCACAUUCUCUCCACCGUGAUUUCCUCAAGCGACGUCGUUCAGGCCAAGAAGUUCAUCGAUCACAUGUUGUCGGAGGAUGUUCCUUUGGUGGUUUCGCGGCAACUUUUGCAGAAUUUUGCUCAAGAGUUAGGGCGGUGGGAGCCGGAGACCCAGAAGGAGAUUGCCCAUUAUGCCCUUUCUCAGAUUCGAGCCGUUUCAUUUGAAGAGCAGGUGCUAAUCAUAAGAGAGAAACUAGCGGAAUUGUACGAGUCUGAGCAACAAUGGUCAAAAGCAGCUCAAAUGCUUAGUGGCAUUAAUCUAGACUCUGGAAUGAGAGUGGUUGAUGAUACAUUCAAGUUAUCAAAGUGUGUCCAAAUUGCUCGCCUAUAUCUUGAGGAUGAUGAUGCAGUCAAUGCAGAAGCUUUUAUUCAUAAAGCUUCAUUCUUGAUUACCAAUAUUCAGCAUGAAGUUUUGAAUUUACAGUAUAAGGUUUGUUAUGCGAGGAUUUUAGAUUUAAAGAGGAGGUUCUUGGAGGCAGCAUUACGUUAUUAUGAAUUUUCUCAGAUUGAAAAGAGGCAAAUAGGAGAUGAAGAGAUUGAUGAGGAAGCACUGGAGCAAGCUUUGUCUGCUGCAGUUACGUGUACAAUUUUGGCCGCCGCAGGACCCCAACGUUCUCGUGUUCUUGCCACUUUGUACAAAGAUGAGAGAUGCUCAAAAUUAAAAAUUUAUCCAAUACUACAAAAGGUGUAUUUGGAGAGAAUUUUGAGGAAACCAGAAAUUGAUGCAUUUUCUGAAGAGUUAAAGCCGCAUCAGAAAGCACUUCUGCCGGACAACUUUACAGUGUUAGAUCGUGCAAUGAUUGAACAUAAUCUUCUCAGUGCCAGCAAACUUUACACAAAUAUAAGUUUUGAUGAGUUGGGCACUUUGCUGGGAAUUGAACCUCAUAAGGCUGAGAAGAUUGCAUCAAAAAUGAUCUAUGAGGACAGAAUGAGGGGAUCUAUUGAUCAGGUGGAAGCUGUCAUACAUUUUGAGGACGACACUGAAGAGCUGCAACAAUGGGAUCAGCAGAUUGUUGGCCUGUGUCAAGCGCUCAAUGACGUAUUGGACAGCAUGGCAAAGAAGGGCUUGCCAAUUCCUGUCUGAUCUUUCUUGACGUCAGAAAUUGAACAGUGAAUUUGUUUUCACCUCUAUACAUUUUGAUAGCUGUCCCUUUCCCAUUACAUAUUGUAGCGAUUCCAAUUUCUUGAGAAUUACUUGUUAUGAGAACUAAUUGUUUAGAUUAGCUUCAGACGUAAAUUUCAUAUAUUGUGAAAAAGACGUAAAUAUCCCCUGGAGGGUGAUUUGUGCAUAACUUGUUUGUGGCUGUUAAUGGCAAGCACUGUUUUGCAGCCCCAAUAGGAGGGAGGUCA